AUGAGCGCAAUCAAGACCUCUACGACGCCUGCGGGCAAUCCUGUCGGACCUGCCAAGCGUGACUGGUACCACACCACCAUGUUUAACAUAUCGGUCGUCGCUGUCUGUGCAUUUAUUGCACCUGGCCUGUGGGCGGCGAUGAAUGGCUUGGGGGGUGCUGGUGCCGCGGAUCCUCACUAUGUCAACGCCGCCAACUCGGUAAUCUUCUGCCUGCAGCUUCUGAUCUGUAUAUUCGGCAGUACCCUCAUCGCCAAGAUGAGCCUUCGCUGGGCGUUUGCUUUGGGCAUGGCGGGAUUCCCGGUCUACGCAGCGGCCAUCUACUGCAAUGUCAAGUACGGCAAUACCUGGUUCAUGAUGGUGGCGUGUGCCAUUGACGGAGUUACCUCUGGUAUCUUUUGGCUCACCGAGGGUGCCAUCGUCCUGGCAUAUCCGGAGAAGCACCGUCGAGGAAAAUACCUGGCCUACUGGCUUGCGAGUCGAAUUGUCGGUCAGAUGAUUGGCGGCUUCGUCACCCUUGGACUCAAUGCUCAUAGGAGGGAAGUUGGCGCCAUCAGUGUCAACACUUACCUCGUCUUCAUCUCCAUCCAGACGCUUGGCCCGUUCAUUGCCGCGCUGCUUUCCCCACCACACAAGGUCCAGAGGUCCAAUGGAGUCCCUGUUAUCAUCCAUCUACCACAAAACAUAAAGGAGGAACUCGCCAUCAUGUGGAGACUGUUGUGUCGCAAGGAAAUUCUCCUUUUGCUCCCCAUGAUCUUCCAAAGUGUCUUCUCCGAGGCGUUUUUCUCGACGUACAAUGCCACAUACUUCACUGUGCGUUCGCGCGCCCUGGCCUCCCUGGUUGCCAGCAGCUGUGUGGUCGUAUGCAACUUCUUGUUAGGCUUCUUUUUGGACUGGCGCAAGCCCACGUUGAACACGCGUGCGAUUGCUGCGUUUGUCGUCAUCUACACGUUUGAGACGGCCCUCUACAUCUACGCAAUGAUCAUGACGAAGAAAUACGAAGGAAUGGAGACCAAGCCCGUGUUCGACUGGGUCGACGACGGGUUUGGCCAGGGUGUUUGCGUCUACAUCUUUCUGCUCGUGGGCUUCAAUCUCAUGUACGACUACUUGUAUUGGCUAGUGGGCACUCUGAACCGCGAUGGAGCAGACAUCAUUCGUCUGAGCGCAGUCAUUCGAGGAGUCGAGAGCGCUGGCCAGGCCAUCUCGUACGGCAUCAAUUCGAUCGCGCAGGACAAAUUUCCUCUGUCGGGGGCUGUUGCGGUCAAUAUGUCGUUCUUCGCAGCCUGCAUCAUCCCUUCAGCCUUUGUCAUCUUCAAAAUCGGCAUCGUUGAUGGUGCCAAGGUUCAUGAGAUUAUCCAAGACGAGGAGAUGCCUGUGGCUGCAACCUAUUUAAAGGCAGAGAAGCCAGACGGAAGCCAGGAUCGUUCGGAUCCCGACGUUAAGGUGGUUGAGUAG